UUAAGAAUUAAACAGCUGAAACUGAAUUUUUUUAACUCAUUGUGUUCAUAGUUAAGACAGUUAUUUCUUCUCGGGCCAUGAAGAAUCUCAUUGUUACCUUGAGUCUGGAAAAUAAAAAAAGUGGUCUGGAAAAAGUCUGGAAAAAGUCUUUAAUUCUAUCCACAAGAAAGUGUACGAACCCUGGAAUAUCUUAGCUUAUUUUACUUAAGUUAUCAUAAAAAUUUGUAUACAUGCAAUAGUGAUGACAAUAAUAUUUGAUUUGGGCUUAUUUGAUUACUUUUUUGUUAAUUUUUUACCUGGGGGAAAAUGGAGGAAAGUGUAACAAUUCUUAUCGUGGUAAAUAAUAUUUUAUGUUUUGCAUGAUAACGAGUAAUUUCUUGUCUCUUUUUUAAAGAAAAUACCUGUGCGACCAUUCAACUUUGUACUAAUGGGCUCAUUAAUUUGAACAGCAUUCUCAGCGACAAUUUUUACUUUAUAUUGUCUUACACGACAGUCAAAUGUGGAUGUUGUGAGCAAAAAGUUUUUACUUGCUUGAUGAACCUUGAUAUUGGCCUGACAGGGUAGUUGAAUUGAGAUUUUGAUGAUAAGACAAUAUUGAGAAAGAACUUUAUAGUUCUUCUACAAGUUUGAAAGGCUUAAGUGCCUCAGCAAGUAUUUUCUUUUUCUGCAUUAAUAAUCUUUAGAAAGGCAAGUGAGCCGGCAAAAAAUGUUGUAAGUACAGGCUUAUGUUUACCCCACUGACAGUUUAAUGUAUUUUAAAAUUUGAUAACAAGGCAAGUUUUAUGUUACUGUUUUUGCUACCCUUUAAGAGGAUGCCAACGCAAAAUGUGAGUUCCCCUUAGCUACCUGAAUUUGAUUGUACACUAUCAAGGCAGACGUCAAUGCUUAGUUGGUGAUUUUCUUUAUACUCUGAUCACUGGCUGUCUUGGUAGUGUAUUUGGUUGUUAGAUUUAAAUCACUUCUGAAUUUAGGGAUGAAAAUGUGCACUCAGUAUGUCUUGAAGCUUGUAACAACUGCAUUUUUCUGGUAACAUAACCGAAUCAUUAAGCUGUUGGAUAUUUUGGUAUCUUUGGGUAUUUUUUUGUCUUUCAUUGCAAAUAUUGUAGGAAAACUUCUUCACAGUGGCUGAAAUGAAAAAGCUAUGAAAGAGAGGGAUUGUUAAAGGGUAAAAGAAUACAUUGCCAGGAGACCAUUCAUCAAUGCCCUAAAUUAAUGAGAGGUUGAAGAGGGCUAGGUUUUAUUGCCCAUUUCUUAGUAGCCUGUUAACAGGUUCUCUGGUCGAGGAUGGGGUGAAGAGAAAGCAGGAAGGAAGAGGAUAGGAGAGAGAGGAUGCGCCAGCUCCCACCCCAUUCCCUUAUCGGCCACUUCACUCUCAGAAAGAAGCCUUCUUGGCCCUUGCAGCCACAGUCAGACCCUUCCAGUCAGAGCCUGGCACCUGUUCACCAGCUACUCUCUUAGUGGCACCCACAGCAGUCGGGAGGGUUGGGGGUACUCAACAGAGUUCUAUGCAGGGAGGCACAGCCACGAGAUCUAAACCCCUGUUUUAUAUACCAUUUUUGACAACCUUCCAUAGAAAAUGGAACCCCUCUCGCAUAACUACAGUACACUUUUCACCGACCCAAGAGAUCUUUUUAUGCAAAAUAGGUCCACUAAAACAAUUUUCCCCAAUUAAAAAAUCCAAAUUGUCAAUUUCAAACCCCCAAAAGGCCUUCGUCCUUUUAAACACCAAAGUGGAUUUCUUUAACCGUAAUGCGUGACAACAUUUCUCCCUUCCCCACCCUACAAAAAUGGAUCUUUGCGUAUUCAUCAGACAGGGAUCUGGGUACUACCAUCGAAGCUCCAACAUGGCGGCUCGCGGUUGGUUGUUUUUUAUGCUCCUUAUGUUCUGCUUUUCCCUUGGUCAUGGUAAAAAAAAAGUCACGAAAGAGUCACUGUUGGAUACUCGAGUCAAACAGCUCAUGGAUUGGAACCAAAGGAAGCCUGUUAUAAGAUUAAAUGGAGAUAAAUACAGAACCUAUUUGAGAGCGUCGCCAAGGAAUUAUUCAGUCAUUCUUAUGCUCACAGCUCUUGCACCACACAGACAAUGUACCAUUUGUAGAGAAGCUAACAAUGAGUUCACAAUCCUUGCCAACUCCUGGAGGUAUUCGCAGCAGUACUCCAACAAAGUGUUUUUUGCAGUGGUUGAUUUUGACGAGGGUCCAGAUGUAUUUAGUGCGCUGAGGUUAAAUUCUGCACCAAUGUUCAUGCACUUCCCACCAAAGGGAAAACCUAAGAAGGCAGACACUUAUGAUAUUCAAAGAAUGGGUUUCUCUGCUGAACAGUUGGCAAGAUGGGUUGCAGAACGCACUGAUGUUAAUGUCAGGAUAUUCCGUCCCCCCAAUUACAUGGGCGCUGUGAUAAUGGGCUUGCUGGUUGUUUUGAUUGGUGGACUGCUCUAUGUGCGACGUAAAAACUUGGAAUUCCUGUAUAACAAGACCUACUGGGCAAUUGGAGCCCUGUGUGUAGUGUUUGCCAUGACAUCUGGUCAGAUGUGGAACCACAUUCGCGGACCACCUUAUGCGCACAAAAAUCCACAAACAGGACAAGUGAGUUACAUUCAUGGAAGCAGUCAGGCUCAAUUUGUGGCUGAAACCCACAUUGUCAUUGUUCUCAAUGCUCUUUAUGUUGCUGGUAUGAUUCUUCUCAAUGAGAAGGCGCUUGAAGUCAAGGAGGUUGGAAAACGUAGAAUUGUAGUUAUGGUUGGUUUGGGUCUGGUGGUGCUGUUCUUUAGCUUGCUGUUGUCUGUGUUUCGUUCCAAGUACCAUGGAUAUCCAUACAGUUUUCUCAUCAAGUGAAGUCAAGACACCAUCUGGCAGGGAUUUUACCCAACUAGUGCUUCAGUACAGGAUGAAUUAAUUUUUUUUUGCUCCCUUAAAUAACUUAAGUGUAACCACUAACUACACAUAGUGCUGUAAACAAGUAUAAUUAUGUAGGCACAAUCCUAGGUUCUUUUGAAAUUUCUUAUUCUAAACAGUUUUGUCUCUAAACUUGUGUUGUGAAAUAAAAAUAACAUUUGGUCUCCA